AUGGUGGUGGUGGAAGCUAGUGCGAUCGAAGCUGCAAAUGCUAAGCGCUACCGGGAAGAGUUGAAAAAUGGAAACAAUUUUGAAGAGAGGGCUGGAUCAACUAAAACUUUUAGGAAGCUAGAGAAACAGAAAGAUUUUGAAGAGAAGAGCGUAGAAGAAGCCGAAGAACAUGAACAUUAUGGAAUAAAUCCCACACUGGAAGCAGCUUUCAACAAUACUUUUGGAUAUAGAACGUACGACCUACAGAGUAACGUGAAAAAUGAUAUUGAAGCUGAAGCCGAUAAUAGAUUAUCAAGCCACGAACAAGAUAUGCUAGGUAUCAGACGAACGGUGCCCGGCUGGAAUGGAGAACCGGCGCGCAGGGUAUCCGAUAAUGGUAACAAGGAUCAUCAAAACAACAACAAAACCGAUGAGACCGAUGAUUACGAGUAUAAAAUUGCAAAUCAGGACGGCCCGUUGAUGCCAUCGUUGAUGUCGUCCGAAAAAGCAGAUUCAACGGAAAUCAAUGACAUGGUGGCUGCCCAUGGGCAAAGGUUUACCGGUGAAAGCACGGUUAUUGAAAAGAAGUCAACUUUGGGGUGGCUGAAAAGAAAAUUAUUUUCUAUUGAGGGGGACUCGGUAGCAGAUGAUAGAGAUGACGCCGACUCUGAUUACAAAGCUGAUAAGAGGAGGAAGGUGGGUUACGCUGGCGAGUUCACCCGUAGAAGAGGUCAUUAUCGUGAUGAAGACGAUGAUUACCCAAACAAACGUGGAGUUCCGGCCGGUGAUGAUUACUAUCAUCAGUCCGACAAUUCGCAUGCGGAUGUUUCAAAGCGGUCGAAUCGAUAUGCGGCGGAUAUGGGUGACACUGCUACUUACUGGAAUAAUGCUAACCGCAAGCGUGAAAGUGUUCAGGAAGAGCAGGGACGUGUCGACAGCCGGAAUAGUGAUAAGGCCAUCAAUAGAAGACGGAAAAGUGCUAAGCCAGUAGGAAGUGAAAUGCCGACCAGUGAUAGCACUUCUAAUAAACAGGAAACGCCCCCAGAUCAACAAACAGUUUAUCGACAACAAUACGAUGAUUCAGAUCAGAUGCAGGGUACAACGCCUUGUGAUUGUGCUGCCAAAUGUGCUACCGAAGAAAGCAUUGACACAAGUUCUGAAGAACCAGAAACCACCGAUUCUGACAAUGGUACUGAAAACGAAACCACGGAAAAAGCGGAAGAAGAAGGCGAUGAAGAAGACGAAAUAGAAGAAGAAAAAGAAGAGCCAGUAACGGAAGAAAACGUUGAAGAAUCAUCCUCACAAACCACACAAAAUGAGUUGGAUCAUCAAAAAGAAGUUUAUAUUGAUCUUAGAAUUGGAAUCAAAUCAGUUGGAAAUCAAAGCUCUUCCACUGAAGAUGAACCCAUUGAAUUUCAUAAGAAAAUUGUGGUGAAACGUGAAGAAUUUGAAAAUGACAAGAGUUCAACAUUCACCUCUUCGUUAGCACCAGAGUCCAAGUUUCCUGUAGAUUUGGUCAAAGCCAUCUAUCAAUUAGUGGACAAGGAUGACAGCCUUCGGAAGCACGUGGCACCACGUCUGCCGGAUCGAACCAAGUUGUUGUCCAAGCUGGAGCAGCCCGGCCACAAGCAAAAGAUUAAUGACCGUCAACUGGAGAGCACCCGUGGAGGCAGUAGUGAUUCGAAGGCAUUGGCAAAAAUUGAGGACAAUGCCUCCAGCAAUAAAGCACUGGCAAGUGUGAUCGAAGCCAUCGGAGAAUUGAUUCGAAAACGGACAUGAGCACUGACUGAUAAUGAUUGAAGCUUUUGAAUUUAACUGCUUUUUUUAUUCUUGAUAGUUAACUGAAUUAUUUUUGUAUGAUAAAUAUUAGAAAUCUCAAUCUGA